CUAAAGAAACCGACAAGAGCGAAAACAUCGAUUUUCCAUUAUGGAGGAUCUUGUCCCACUUGCUUGCGCUCCCGCAAGGAACCGCCCCUUUGAUGCGCAAAAUGACUGCUCUGAAACCCCGGUCCGCUUCAACUGCCAGGCCUGUGUGCGCAAGAAGAUCAAGUGCAACCGCGCGGUGCCCAAAUGUGCCAGCUGCAUCAAGACAAAGCUCGAAUGUGUUUAUCUGCCACGGCAGCCCCGGCGCAAGAGGAAACAUAGUCGGGGCGACAAAGAUGCACAGGAACGCCUGGAACGUUACGAGCGCAUUUUGCACGACCACAAUCUCCUCCCAACAGCCCCUCCCUCGACCACCAGCGGCAGAGACUCGGAGACAUCAGUGAACAGCAUACAGGCUCCGACUCCAGGGCCAGCGAACUCACAGACUGGCGCCACACCGGAUAAAGUGCGUCCAACUGUUGGUAAUUCUCGCUAUAUUGACAAUCUUCUGCUCCUUGACGCUGGAGAGGGUGAUUUAUGUGAAUUGCCUGAGUCUGAACAAGAACACCAUUACGAAGACACGCCUGGGCCCGACAAAGGCUCUCCGAUCAGCCUUCUCGGUGCCCUCGCCGCGCAUUCAAUUUCGGACGCAAUGCUCGGGAGCACGAUAGGCCUCGCUGACCUUCACCCAAGCCAUGAGCAUGCGACCAAGCUCUGGCAUGCCUACGUGGAGAACGUCGAGCCUCUAUGCAAGGUCCUUCAUGUUCCGACGGUUGCUAUGAUGGUCAACACUGUCUCCAAGCACCCGGCGACCGCCUCCAAGAACGAUGAAUGCGUGCUUUUUGUCAUCUAUUAUUUCGCCGUAUUCUCAAUGUCGGACGACGAGUGUUCACGUGAAUUCGAUAAUACAAGAACCUACUUGAUGUCUAAAUACCGGACUGCAUUCAUCCAGGCAUUAGUGAAUGCGUCUUGGCUCAAAACAACCGCGAUGCCGGUUUUACAGGCUUACACACUCUUUCUUAUUGCCCUGCGUACCCAGAUCGAGUCCCAUACAUUCUGGAUCCUGACUGGGAUUGCAAUUCGUCUAGCCCAACGAAUAGGACUCCACCAGGAUGGAGAAAGCCUCGGACUGCCCCCGUUUGAGGUCCAGAUGCGCCGGCGGCUCUUUUGGCAACUGCUACCCCUGGACAGCUACGCGGGUCAAACAUCCGGCACGGGUAUAUCCCUCCCACCUGACAGCUGGGAUACUAAACAACCGUUGAACAUUAACGACGACCAGAUCUUCCCUGGCAUGACCGAGCCGCCUCGCGACCAACGAGGGGCGUCGGAGAUGAUUUUUUGCUUGUCCCGGAUGGAGCUGUCAAAUUUCUACACUCGAACGGGGGUCAAGCUGAAGGAAAACAUGGGUACAAUCCAGUUCCGGGACCCCGAAGAUAUUGAGCGACUGAUCGACGAAGUGGAAGACCUCAUUGAGAUGAGGUUUCUACGGUACUGUGACAUUAUGAACCCCUUACACUUGUUGACCACUGGUAUUAUGCGAUCGGCCAUUAGCGCCGUCCGGUUACGCGCACGAAUGCCACUGCUCAAGCAAGAAACUAUCACCGACACUCAGAGGAGACACCUAUGCACCCUUGCCGAAAAGGUACUGGAUACCAGCAGUGCCAUCUAUAAUAACCCUGCAACACGGAAGUUUCGGUGGCAGAUGCAAGCGUUUUUCUUGUGGGAUUCUCUCCUUUGUAUUCUGAGAAGCAUUGCGAAGGUUGGAUUCUACUCGCCAUCGGAGCUCGAUGCUGCCUGGAGGAGGGUUUCAGAGGUCUACGUGAAUCACGAAGCGCUGGCACAAGGUCGAAGAAAUCUGUACGUUACGAUCGCCAAGGUCACUUUGAAGGCCUGGCUAGUGAAUCCGCCUCGUAACCCAUCUCCCGAGCCUGCUUUCAUCACCGCGCUGCGCGCUCAACGCUCUUCCAAAAAUAUCGACCAGCGGGAUUGCAGUAUCUUCUCUGCCGACCAAUGUACAGACGGGGCCUUUUCUUUCGAUGAGCUUUUCGACGAUAUGAGCACGGCCGACCCAACCGUGAACAAUGCUUUCAAUCUCAACUCUUCUUCCGAUUGGCUAUUUUGGGACCAGAUGUACGGAGAAGCCAACCUGGGCUGAGAGCGAGUCCUUCACGGAUUUUGUUCUCAGCGGGCAGCGCUCGGAUUUUGCAGUGAAUCUGGACGGCUCAGCGGAAUUUGAGCAGCACGCGAGAACAGCGAGCGCAAGCUUUAAGAUUACGCGUCUGAAGAUUAUGAGAAAGAUAUAUUCAUGUUUAUUCGAGCCCUUUUAUCAUCCAGCAUAUCACAAUG